UCUUGCGAGCACAUCCCGUGCGUGCGAUUAUUGGGCUAUACCGAGGCCCCCUCAUGCCCCUCAGCCAAUAACAGCCCGCCUGUCUGAAUCAUGGGGCAGAGAAGCCAGGAACAUUUAUUUGUAUCGCAGACUCAAUCCACACCUGUGACCGCCCGACGUGGUUGAUUGCUCGUCCGCGGCGUGCUCACCGUGUCUCUGAUAUAUAGAGGGACGGACAAGCAGCAGUUGGACGUGUGAUCGGGGCUCUUCUUUUCACGACUGUCUCCCUUCCACCUUCCCCUUUUCUACCUGUCCUCUCCCACCAGCAUCAUGAUUCCCGUAGAGGAGAAACCUGUUGAAGAGGUCGUGGUUUUGACGGAGAGCCUCGAGAGUGAAGAUCGGCGCAUGACGCACAGGGUGCUCUGGAAGCUAGAUCUUCACGUCCUCCCUCCAUUGGCCCUUCUAUGGCUUGCAAAUUUUGUCGACAGAACGAAUGUAGGGAACGCGAGAAUUGCAGGUCUCGCGACAGACCUUCAUCUUCAAGGGAUUCAAUUCAACACGGCACUCGCAGUCUUCUAUGUUUCAUACAUCCUGGUUGAAUUGCCGUCCAACUGGGUCCUCAAGAAGAUGAAGCCCAGCCGUUGGCUGCCUAUCCUCGUCACUGUCUGGGGUAUGGUUACAACGCUGAGCGGACUGGUCCAGAGUUUCCGUGGUCUUGUCGCAAUCCGAUUUUUCCUCGGGAUGUGUGAGGGUGGCUUGCUGCCCGGUAUCAUGCUCUACCUGAGCACAUUGUACAAACGGCAUGAACUUCAACAGCGGGUUGGCAUCUUCUAUGCAUCUAGCUCCUUGGCUGGCGCUUUUGGAGGUCUUCUGGCAUUGGGUAUUGAGAAGAUGGACGGAAUUGGUAACCUGGCCGGUUGGCGGUGGAUCUUCAUUAUCGAGGGUCUUGUCACGAUUUGUUUGGCACUCGGAUCGAUCAUCUUCCUGCCCGCUGAUUUGAGCUCGGUCAAAUUCUUCACGGAGGAGGAGACAGUGUUUGCUUGUAUGCACCGCUUCCGCAAGUCACACGCCAUGACCAGCAGUGCACCACAGUCGGAACCGUCUCAGCGCAUCAAUGACAUCGCGGAACCCGAGAAGGGAACCGACGUACAGGUGGCGACGACUACUGUGGAGAGCACGGCGCCCGCCGUGUUCCAGGAGGAUGAGACGUUUGAGUGGUACGAAGUCAUCCGAGGUGUUAAGGAGCCACAGGUGUGGAUGUCGUCAAUGUCAUACUUAGGCAUCGCUGUCAGCGUGGAUUCCUUUUCGCUGUUCCUACCUACUAUCAUAUCAGGCCUUGGAUACUCCGGUGGCGCGGCGCAACUGCAUACGGUCCCACCCUAUGUACCGGCUGUGGCCCUGACCGUAGUGGUUGCGGUACUCAGCGACAAGCUGAAAAUGCGAGGCCCAUUCAUCCUGAUGUUCCUGCCCGUAUCUAUGGCUGGUUACGUUCUCGCGAUUGCGGCUAAGAAUGAUACGCAGCGGUAUGCAGCAGUGUUUUUGAUGGCAGCUGGCAUCUAUCCGUGCGGGCCUUGCAUCCUGUCAAUCCUUCCCAACAACAGCGCCGGUCAUUACAAGAAAGCAACAACCGUGGCGUUGCAGCUCGCCCUUGCUAAUACCGGAGGCUUCAUCGCUACAUUCACCUACACUGACGAGCAGCAGCCGAAAUAUGUCAAGGGUCAUAGCAUUACACUGGGGUUCGUUAUUAUGGCAUGGUUCGCCAUGCUCGCGAACGUGCUUUAUUGCAUGUGGGAGAACAGGGCUCGAGCGGCUGGCCUUCGCCAGGACAAUAUCGCGAAGUACCAGGAGCUGUGGGAUUCUGGGAAGACGAGGGCUCCGAUCGGGGACCGUCAUCCCGACUUCCGCUUCACACUGUGAUUGUCAUUUUACGAGGAACUGCCUCGAUGCCUUUGAACCCUGCACUAUGCUGUAUCAUUAAUGAUGUAGGAAGAAGUGCCAAGCAUGUUAGCUGGAUUGUUGUAGUUGUAACAAGGGACGCCAUCGCUUCGCUCCGGCAGGAGAAGGUGUAAGACGCUAUAAAUAGAU